AUGUCAUCUGAGGAAGUACCUAUGAAAGAUCUUUCUCACUCACAACAAUCAUCACAGACUAUAAGUCAACAACCUAAAUUUCAAUAUCAAAAUGAUGCAAAACCAAUAACGACGCAGCCUCAAUCAACAGAUGAUUUAUCGGAGCCAAUGAGAUAUCAACCACAAUCUAAUGAAACUUUAAAUAACAAUCAACUAAAACCUGAAAAUUCUAAUUCUUCAUCUUCUUCAUCAUCAAGUUCUGGAUCAGAUUUUUCUGGUCAUACAAAUAGAAGUGGAUAUCAUAGGGAAGGCAAUGAAUGUACUGAAUUUUGUAUAGAAUUUUGCACAUGUUUUGGAGUUGUUGAUUGUUGUCCUAAUAACGGUGAUGGUUGUGUAACUUCAGUCGCAACUUUUGUAGGAAAUCUUAUAUUUGGAUGUUGUAAAUGUUGA